UACUAAAUGCAUUGAAAUAGUCUGACUUUCUCUUGGUGCUAUCACAGUCAAUCAGGUUACAAAAAUGACAACUUACACAGACAAAGGAGAAAAGCCCGAAGGAGGCAAAUUUCUGCACUUCCACUCUCUCACAUUCUGGGUUGGAAAUGCUAAGCAGGCUGCCUCGUUUUAUUGUAACAAAAUGGGAUUUGAAGAACUGGCCUAUAAGGGCCUGGAAACUGGCAGCAGAGAAGUGGUGUCUCAUGUAAUACAGCAGGAUAAGAUCAUAUUUGUCCUCUCAUCUGCUCUCAACCCUGAAAACGAAGAAAUGGGAAAGCACUUGGUGAAGCAUGGAGAUGGCGUAAAAGACAUUGCAUUUGAAGUCGAGGAUUGCGACUUCAUUGUGCAGAAAGCUAAAGAGCGUGGAGCAGUGAUAGUGAAAGAGCCCUGGGUAGAGGAAGACAAAUAUGGAAAAGUGAAAUUUGCAGUCAUCCAGACGUAUGGCGACACGACGCACACGUUAAUAGAAAAUCUUAACUACAAAGGUCUCUUCUUACCUGGCUUUGAGCCGCCUCUCUUCAAAGACCCACUGUUACCAAAGCUACCAAGUGGCAAGCUGAGUUUCAUUGACCACGUGGUGGGGAACCAGCCGGAUCUUCAGAUGGUCCCUGUGGCAGAAUGGUACCAGAAGAACCUUUUGUUUCAUCGGUUCUGGUCUGUGGAUGAUAAACAACUGCACACACAGUUCAGUGCCCUGCGUUCCAUUGUGGUCGCCAACUAUGAAGAGACCAUAAAAAUGCCCAUAAACGAGCCAGCAAUGGGCAAGAAAAAAUCCCAGAUUCAGGAAUAUGUUGAAUACUAUGGAGGAGCUGGAGUCCAGCACAUUGCUCUGAACACCCCCGACAUUAUUACUGCUGUCACCAACCUGAAACAACGGGGCAUGGAGUUUAUCAGGGUUCCAGCCACUUACUACCAGCAACUGCGAGAGAAGCUGAAAUCUGCCAAAAUCAAGGUUAAGGAAAACAUCGACAAACUGGAGGAACUGAAAAUCUUAGUUGACUUUGAUGAGAAAGGAUACCUGCUUCAGAUCUUCACUAAACCCGUUCAGGAUAGACCCACUGUCUUUCUGGAAGUCAUACAACGCCACAACCACCAGGGAUUUGGUGCUGGAAAUUUCAAGUCUUUGUUUCAAGCUAUAGAAGAUGACCAAGAUGCAAGAGGAAACCUUACCAUACUGACUGCAAAUGGAGAAACUAAUUUCAUCUAGAGCCUCUCAGCAAGAGAUAGGCAGCAGGCACAAUUACUUUCAUAUAUGAAAGUGCCUAUACAAUUUUUUUAAAAAUCCCCAAUAAUUUGGGUAAUUAGCCCGACACUAAGCAUAUAAACCAAGGAAAUGCACAGUUAAGCAUGGGCGGCAGGUAUAAUAGGCCAGAGGUGGCUAAGCCGCCCCUCACCCAGGCCAUGGCCCCACCCACACUCUGCCCUGAUGCCCCGCCUCUCUCUCCCCCUCACCCCCGAUGCUGGUGGGGGCUCAGCUCAGACUGGCCCAGGGGUUGGGCCGGUGUGGAAGGUCUGUUUGGGCCCGGCUGGUUCGGGCUGGGCCGUCAAGUCGGUUUGGGCUGGGUCGGGCCAGCGGGUCAGGUAGGUUUGGGCCAGGUUGGUGGGUUGGGUCAGGGUGGCAUGUUGGGUCAGGUCGGGCUGGCGCGUCGGAUCGGUUCAGGUGAGGCUGGCGCAUCAGGUCGGUUUGGUCUGGGCUGGCGUGUCCGGUCGGUUCGGGCAGGUGCGUCGGGUUGGGGUGGGCCAGAGCGUUGGGUCAGUUCUGGUCGGGCUGGCAUGUUGGGUCAGUUUGGGCUGGCACGUCGCAUAGGGCUGGCGCGUUGGGUCAGGUCGGGCUGGCGUGUCGGGUCGGUUCGGGCUGGCACGUCGGGUUGGUUCAGGUCGGGCUGGCACGUCGGGUCGGUUCGGGCUGGCAUGUUGGGUUGGUUUGGGUCAGGCCGCCAUGUCGGGUCGGUUCGGUUUAGACUGGCGCAUCAGGUCAGGCCAGCGCUUGGGGUCGGGCUGGCUGGCGUGUGAGGUCAGUUUGGGCUGGCGCGUUGGGUCGGGUCGGGUCAGGCUGCCACGUCGGGUGAGUUCGGGCUGGCACGUUGGUUGGUGCAGGUCGGGCCGGUGCAUCAGGUCAGUUCGGGCCGGCGCAUUGGGACGGGCCGGUACGUUGGGUCAGGCUGGGCCGGCACAUCAGUUCUGGUUGGACUGGCACGUCGGGUCAGUUCAGGCAGGGCCGGUGCGUCGGGUCGGCGUGUUGGUUCAGUUCAGGCUGGCGUGUCAGGUUGGUUCAGGUCUGGCUGACGCGUCAGGUCGGGCUGGGCCAGCACGUCGAUUUGGGUCAUACUGGCGUGUCAGGUUGGUUUGGGCCAGCGCGUCGGCUUGCUUCACUCCGGGCUAGUGCAUUGGUUCGGGCCGGGCUGGCACAUUGGGUCACGUUGGGUCGGUUCAGGCCAGGCCGGCGUGUUGGGUCAGCCAGCGGUUUGAAGCAGCUGGGGCGGGAAAGCCAGGGCUUGGAGCAGUUCAGCCAGGGCUCCUACAGCAACGCUGUGGGACCUCGGGAGUUCUGUGGGUAAAAGGGGCAGGGCCUUGGGCAUAAGGGGCGGGGCCAGGCGGCUAUGGUCCCCGAAGGGGGGGAAUCACUUGCUACCAAUGCAGUUAAAUUUAAACUUAAAAGGAAUCCAAAUGUGAUCUGGUCUGGCAGUGUAAUUAGGGCAUUCCAACAACCGUAACUCUACCCUCUACUGACACAGGGGGCGGGAUUUAAAAAUAAUCAAAUGUCUUUACAAUCAGUUUAAUCCAAUCUGGGCUGCUAAAUACUAAAAUGCCUUAAUCAGCACUAUAGCGUAGUGUUCAGGUUUCUGCUGAAGGAGGAAUUUCAGUUAUGAAGAAUAACAGGGAGAAACAACCAUUAACCCGAGUGAACGAUUUGCAUGUUGUGUACGUACAAGAUUUCAGUGAAUUUUAACUAUAUGAGAAACGCAAACAGGGUAGAGUUCAGUUUUGGUGCCCUAACUGCAUGUCAUACCUUAAGAUGUUUGGAUUUCUUUUAAAUGUAAUCUUACCUGUGAAUUUCCUGGGUUUCUAACACUUGGUUUUGGGAUAAUUACAACGUCCCUGUAAUGUGGUUUAACCUAAACUGCCAAUAUAUGCUCUCAACCUUAAUUCCA